CCCUUCUUGCUUUUGUUCUAGGUCCAACACGAAAAAUGCCCCUGACUGCCAGUGCCAUGGACUUUUUUCAACUCUUUGUCCCUGACAACGUACUAAAGAAUAUGGUUGUCCAGACCAACAUGUAUGCCAAGAAGUACCAGGAGAGGUUUGGUAGUGAUGAAGCCUGGAUUGACGUCACCCUGACGGAAAUGAAAGCCUUCUUAGGCUACAUGAUAUCAACCAGCAUCCACCACUGUGAGUCUGUUCUCAGCAUCUGGAGCAGCGGCUUCUACAGCAACAAGAGCAUUGCACUUAUCAUGACACAGUCACGGUUUGAGAAGAUCCUGAAGUAUUUCCACAUUGUGGCCUUCCGCUCGAGCCAGACGACACAUGGCCUCUACAAAAUCCAGCCUUUUCUGGACUCUCUACAGAACGGCUUUGACUCUGCUUUUAGACCUUCACAAGCCCAGGUACUACAUGAACCCCUGAUCGAUGAGGAUCCUGUUUUCAUUGCCACAUGCACAGAGAGGGAGCUGCGCAAGAGGAAAAAGAGGAAAUUCAGUCUCUGGGUUCGGCAGUGCUCAUCCACUGGUUUCAUCUGCCAGAUUUACGUCCAUCUCAAAGAAGGGAGUGGUGUUGAUGGGCUCGAUGCUUUGAAGAACAAACCACAGCUUCACAGUAUGGUGGCCAAAAGCCUCUGUCAGAAUGCAUCUGGGAAGAAUUACAUCAUCUUCACUGGCCCAAGCAUUACCAGCCUGAAUCUCUUUGAAGAAUUUGAGAAGCAAGAGAUUUACUGCUGUGGUUUGCUGAGCACCAGGAAAAGUGACUGCACAGGCCUACCUCCAUCCAUGCUGAACAAUCCUGAAACUCCCCAGUCCAGAGGACAGUACAGAAUAAGAAUGAAGGGAAACAUGUCCUUGAUCUGCUGGUACAAUAAAGGGCACUUUCGUUUUCUGACCAAUGCCUAUUCACCGGUUCAACAAGGAGUUAUAAUUAAGAGAAAAAGUGGAGAAAUUCCAUGCCCAUUGGCAGUUGAAGCCUUUGCUGCUCACCUUAGCUAUAUCUGCAAAUACGACGACAAAUACAGCAAGUAUUUCAUUUCUCACAAACCAAACAAGACCUGGCAGCAAGUAUUCUGGUUUGCCAUCAGCAUCGCUAUAAACAAUGCCUACAUCCUCUACAAAAUGUCAGAGGCCUACCAUGUGACAAGGUAUAGCCGUGCACAGUUUGGUGAAAGACUUGUAAAGGAGCUUCUGGGCUUGGAAGACACCUCACCCUCCCAUUGAUGCAUUGUUCUUGGUGGCAUAGGCAGGAGGUGGAGGGUAAGCAGAAGAUAAUACCACACCUGGAACAGCAAAGCAAGGAACUUGUGAUACCACCAGUGCUGUCCUUACCCAAAAAUGCCAAGUGAUGCCACUAGAGAGGUGGAAACUUUGUUCCUAGUAGCAGCUGGAUGUAAACAUGUCCUGCAGAAAGUGCCACUGGAAAAGCUGACAUGAAAUUGCAUAUGUGAAUGCCCUGUGUGAAUCUGUAUACCAGAAACAGACUUAAAUUAGUUGUCAUCUCAAUACUAUUUGUUGAACAGGGUCAUACUGUAAAGUUCCUCUUGGGCUAAGAGCUUGUCAUAAGCUGACAUAGCUCAGCAGUCCUAGGCGGGCAUUAGAGAAAACUCUAUACCUUGCUUGGAGUUACUCAAUUCUGAGACACACAACACAAGUCUGCACCAUGGGCUGUGGUGGAGAGUGCCAGCAUCCUGUAAGGCAUCACUGCUGUCCUCCCAGUGUGCUAAACAAAGCAGUUCAGGUGCACGAACACUGAAGCGAGCCUAUUGACAAACAAAACCUCCACAGGCAGUCAGCCAGGAACUGAGGACCCAUUAAGACUUUUCCUUUUUUUUUUUUUUUUUUUUUUUUUUUUUUUUGGUUAGAACACAGCAGAAGUAGGAGAAACCAAAUACAUUAAUGAAUUUAAAAUGGAAAUACUUUACAUUGAUUUUCUUUUUUAGCCAGGAUGAAACAUUUUGUACACAAACAGUGAGUAAUAUUGUAAGUAUUAACAGUGAGUAAACCAGUAAGUAAUACUGCCUCACAUCUUAACUGCCACGGUUGGUGUACAGGUGAGAAAUCAGAGUAUAACAAUUAUAUUUUUUCUUGAUUUCAACUGUAUCUUAAAUGUUGCUUAAAAAUCUAAUGUAAUGGACUGUUAAGUUUUUAGGAACAACAAUUUCUUUCUUUUCCUUUUUUAAUUGUCAAGACUUUUUUUGUCCAUUUUAGAACUUCAUUUGGCACACAGUUGGCAAGAAAAAAAUAAGUCACUAAUAGCAGUGUGUUUCCCAUUAUCACUGCAGGGGUGUUCCAUAGGAAUUUGUCCUGUUAGAAUUCAGGGCUUGUCACUGUAGUUGUAAUUAAGCAGGUUACAUGUUUAGCAAAAUAACAUAGUAUUGUGUUUUACUCAAAGAAAGAAGUCCAGUUGCAACCAGACCUUAAACCUCACUAAAACAGCAAACCCAAAGAGUUCUCCUGCCCUGAGUAACACUGUAGAGGACAAGUGUUGUCACGAGCUGGUGCCCAAGGCUGAAACGUAACUUUUUGGUGCUGGUGGAAUCUGAAGGCUGAUGAAGUUUUGGAAAACAAUGCUGAGAGAGAGAGGUAUGAUUGAAACAGGGGAGAAUUGAUACUGAGGUGAAAUACUACUCUGCCCUCUACACAUUAUUGAUUUCAGUCCACAACUCAAUCAGCAAAAAACUCUGUAUUCUAAAGAUUAGCAGAGAUGGACACAAACAGCACUGCAUUAACUUACAGGGCAGAAACCAUGUUGCUUAGAGGGCCAGCUGGUUUUAGGUCCCCAAGCCCAAAAAGUUUUACUGAAGAAUGACUUGGGUUGAUUCAAGAGGAAUGAAGGGAUUGAUUGAUUUCUUUAUUACUGCCAACUUUACGAGGUUAUAUGUGUCUAUCUGGCAAGAGACAAUAGAGGGUAACCAACAGAAAUUUGAGAACUCCCCAGAUUUCAUCAUUAUGUGAUGUGCAAAUGCAUAGCAUGUAAAUCAUAACAGGAAGAAUCCAGCAGGGGUUAGUAAAUUACUGACUAGCCCAAAGAGCAUCCUUGCACUGACAUCCUUCUAUUUCCACCAAAUUCUUUUUUUGGUUUUGUUUUUUUGUUUUGGUUUUUUUGAGUAGACUUAGAGGCAGAUCUCAGCUGGUUGCAGGGAGAGUGAGGGGACAGCCAGCUCCACAGGGCCUGGAGACUGUCCCGCACAUCCUGCUCUGCCUGCUGCAUGAUGUACAGCAGUGGGUUUGCAGGUGGUUUGUACCACUCUAGUCCUUGGCAAUACCAAGCUGCGUAGGAGCCCAAGGAUGAGUUCAAAACUUCUUGGCCCUCCAGAGAACUGAGACCACCCCUCUUCAGAAUGAGUGUGUGAGCUGGUUCUUGUCAGCUUGUAAGUAUUCAAAGACAGAAAGGAGCUUGUGUGAGGCAUGAAAAACAAAUGUUCAGCAAUAUAAGCCCACAGUUUCAAUUUUUUUUUUAGGGAAUUCCAUAGAGGUACCUAAAGGCAAAUGGUGUUCUUAUUGCUCCCUCUUCAGGCAAUGGCAGCCUAUAUUGCGACAGUAAGAGUGGCUACAAGUUCAUUAUGUCCUGUAAAUUUAUACAAUUGUCAAGAUUAGGGCAGUAAGAAAAGUGGCUGAACUUUGCUGAUGGGACAGCUUGAAUGAACAGUAGCUGCUGGGAGCCCAGCUUCCUUGCAUUCUCCUGAAAUGCUGGAGCCUUUUCAGGGUGUACAUGCCCCCCAGCAGAGAGAGGGAGGUUUGCAGGACCUCCUUGGAGCCACUUGGCAUUUCUGAGGAAUAAGCACAGCACUCUCCAGCUAUGUCGUAGCCUCUUGAGAUAGAUCUGGAGCCCUUGGCCAAUUGUAACAUUACUGUGUAUGCUUAAAGGCUUGGAUCUAGGCCAUCCCAUACAGAAAAUGCCUUUUCUUUUUCAGGUGACAGUAGGUCCAAAACCUUGGAGUGUUUGACUUUCCACUAAUGUAUGCUGUUAAUUAUGUGGAUUACUUAAGCUAAAAUCAUGAGGUCCUAGCUUUUUGCCUCAGGGACUGGGUCCUGAGUAGUUUUCCCUAGAAUUGGUGUUGAUGGGGGAUUACACAGUGGCUGACUAUUACAGGGAAGAUGCUUUAGUCUCCUUUGUAAAGGAGAAAAAUUAAGACAAAAUUAUAGCUUUGCAAUGGAUUUCAUUUUCUUAGCCUUAACCAUCCCUCAUCAUUUUGAACUGGUGCCCUAAACAUGCACAAACAUUCCAUAAGUAAACGAAAAUAUUUAUAUAUAUUUAUAUGUACAAAAUGCCUGAAAGUUGUCUGUCAAAGCCAACAAUCAAAAGCCACCAAAGCAUAGUCUAUAUCUACAGAUGACAAUCCCACCUCAUCUUUUCCAUCUAUUGACUGGGAGUGGAUAGGGGUUGGGGAAAAUUAAGAUUUCUCCUUGUUGAAAAAGCAUCUUGCACUUUCUCUAUGUUACUACAAACAAGGCAAAGUCAUUAAGGAAGAAAUUGAAUCAUUUUUAAAAGGCAAAAUUUUGUUAACUGCAGCCCAGAUUCUGUAGCAUUUCUUUUACUGCAAACUGGCUUGCUCAGAUUUGGUUCCCCACCUGCUUGUAACAUUAAAGCUUCUUCCUAGCUAAAGGGGGAAAAAAAAAAAGGGGGGGGGGAUUAGUCUCAAAGUAGUGCAAGGAUGCUAGUUAUAGUGUGUGCGUGUGUGUUAAUUGUGCAAUGGCUUGUGAAAUGAUAGCAAGUUUGGGUUGUUUAAGGGCUUUUUUGUAGCCUUGAGACAAUCUCGGUAAGAGAUCUUAAAGCUCAGCAGUAGCUAAAAUGCAGUGGAAAUGCCAACCAGGUCACAGAGGAAUGUCUCAAAAUUUUUCUGGGAGGGGAAAAAAAAGUUUGAAGCUGAAGUAAAGAAGGGAGCAGCAAGCCUUGCUUCUCUCCUGCGGAACUGAAAUUUGAUUCACACAUACUUCUGAAAACUGAAAAUUACUUAUUUAUCGUAUGCAAACUUUGUUUCAGAGAACUGAGACCAUCAGUAAGACAUACUGACCACCUUCUAUGCACAGUACUUCUUUCAAGAAAUGUCUGUUGUGCCACAAUCCAUUCUUGGAAACCAUUUAUUUUCCCAGUGUGCAAUACAACACUCAUUAGAGCUUAGAAGACACUGUGAAAUGGUUUCCACUGCUGUUGCCUCAGCUGAAAAAUGCUUCAAGGGCUUGCAGAAACUCUGCCACUUUUUACUUCAGCCCAUUUGUGCACUUGACACUAGGGCACAAGUUAAAGAAACGUCAUCUCCGUUUUCCAUUUCAAUUCUCUAGCCCCAACCCUUCUACAUUUACAAGGUAGUCCAAGAAUCCAAAUUUAUAGAAGUCUCAGUGUUCCUAAUGGGUACAACUUUGUUUUCUUCAGACAAUUUCUAGAGAAAAAUGAGUUUAGCUGUUUCCAGACUGACAUUAAGGACAGCAACUCAAAACAGUGUUCUCAUUCUUUACCUCCAGCUACACUUCUGUGGCUUGCUUUUUUCUUUUUUUGAAGAGGUGUUUUUUUUCCUUCUAACAUUUGUUUAGUAGACUGUCUUGAGCUGGUGGGUAGAGAAAGAAGCCUCCAGCCUACAUGUCUUAGUCCCCUAGUCCUAGGGCUGAUUUUUAGUGGUGGGGGGGAAUUUUGCUGCACUGGUAAUUCUGAGCAUCUGUGCUACUUUCCAUGCAAGGAUUGCAAAGUGCUUUAACAACCUCGGCACUCAUGAGACAUCAUUAGCUCCUCAAAUAGGAGCUUCCGCUCCCCUAAUCAAGAGACCGAGGCACAGCACAGGUAAAGGGGUGAUGAAACUGUAAAGUACAGUUUGCACUCCUCCUGAUUAAGUCUGCAUUUUCAGUGACUUGGUUCUUGUUCAAAUGCACUUUUCCAAACUAGAAAUGAAAGUACGCUGAGCAUCAUUCCACCCUGAAGUAAGGGCUGUGGGACUUGUUCAGCACAUGUUCCUUACUCCAUAUAGGCUGCUAUGACUCAAAACCAAGUUGCACUGAAGGCAAGAGAAAACUGGAUAAAACAUAGCAGCCCAACCUGUCUAAAGUAGCUUAGAGGAGAUAAAUGGAGAAUUUGAAGUUCUGCUAUAGUCCAGUAACCAAUGUGGAAUUCAGAUGAAUAAUUACUGGCUUGGGAAAAGUCACUGAGGCUUAGAUGGAGUAUGAAGUCUUCCAUCCACCUCUGUUGUAGAGUUUGCCAUGACACUUUCUUGUUGCUAGGACUGAUGUGAGAUGAGGUGUUUGUAAAACAAGAGCUCAUCUCAGUCUGGUUGAGAACACUGAGGUGUCAAAGGACUGUUAGCAAAGUUUCACAAAGGCAAGGAACUUCUAAGCUCAAAACAUGUAUAUAUUUGGCCUGUCAUUAACUAGGAUAUUUUGCACAGACAGAUCACACCUGCUUAAAUGCAAGCCUAUCACCAGUGCUACUUGAUAGAUAAUCCUUCUUGUAAAAACCUACCUUUGUUUCUAGAAACAGCAUGAACUGGAAAAGCCCCCAUAUCAUCAUUUCACUGUUGGGGAACAGCUGAGAAUAUCUGUGCUUUGUACAAAAGGGCCUCUUCCUCUUCUUUUGAGAGAUGGCUCUGUGUCUUCAGUAAUCUAGUUCCGAAGAAGUUCCCUGCCUUAUGUUUUCCAUUAUUUCCCUCAUUCCAUGGGCUUAGAGAACAUCCAAAUCAUCUCACAGGUUCUUUGUCAGUCUGGAAGAGGUGACCACACAGAGAGUUGGCCUUUCAGUUUACUUUUAAAGUAUUACUUUGCUGAUCCUGUCUGCUAUUUCACAAAUCUCAGAUGAAACAGGGUAUUGUUUCUGAAGCCUAUACCAAUUGCAAUCACUGUGAAGGUGUUGCCUGCUUUGCCCCAUUAGUGCUGCCUGUCAGGUUCAUAUGGACCCAAAACAGGUAUCAUGCCACCACACCCACUGCUCCCAUUGGAAUGGCUGUAACAUUCCUCAGCUUUGUAUCACUGUCAAAGAGGGGCCUUUGACAUGAUCUGGGGAGUCUUUUGGUGUUUUGGGUUUUUUUAAGCCCUUCCACUCUGAUGGGUCUGGUGAACAGCUGUUAGGUAUCACGAAAAGGCCUUAAGUGGUAAAUCCCUUUUGUAUCGCUCUUCUGAAGUAAUAAUUGCUUGUAUUAGAUGUCAAGGUGGUCCACACGAUGUGUAGUGCAAAAAUCUUAUCCAUGAGAAUGUCACCCUGCGUCACCAGUGCUCGUUUGAUGUAACUGCAACAACCCUUGAAUGCAUGGGAGACCUGGAUGAAGAACCUAGUGGGAAAGGACCGUAAUGCCAACCGGUAGGGCCACAAUGUGCAGGACCUGAUUGGAUAAACAGAGAGGGGAGAGAUGAGUCCAAUUUGGCGUCCAUGCUUCUUGAACAAACAGACUUUCUACUCAAGCUGGUCUUAUAAGUUUUACUAGGGAAGGGAAGAUGCCAGGCCCAUACAGUUUGCUUCCAGCCCUGGCAACUCUGUUUCUAAAACAAAAGCUGGCAGAUGCUUUCACUCUUCAAGUAUUUACAGCAUGCUCUGGACUUCAGAGCAUUUGGUCCUGUUUUCACUAAUUACCAAAAAAGCCUAGAAACCAAAAAGCAAAGCCCAGUACACUAGGUUCAUCUAUCCAGAACCCCAACUCACUUGGUGUCAAAGUAACUUUUUGGUCUUGUUCUCCAAUUAAUCUGUGUCAAGGUGUAUGCAAAAUGUGACUGCUGAACAAUUCACACCUCUCUAUGAAAUGGACUUGCUCAUUUGAUGAAAAACAAAUUGCAGGUCUCUUGGACUUACAUUUGCAACCUGGAUUUUUCUUCUAGUUGUAAGCCAAUUCUUUGCCUGGUAUUUCAGUACUGAAAUUAAAAAUAACUUGACCCCAUGAUCUGGGGUGAGAUGAGAGACAGCAAAACUCAGAUUUAUGCCAGAGAUUAAUCUGAUCCUGUGUAGGUGAGGCUGGUCAGCACAGUUUGAUACAAGGAGGAGUUUAAGGGGAGUAGCAGCCUUGAGGAGGCAGAGGAAAGCUCAGAGGUUGGGCAUGCAGAGGGAGAGGAGCCAGGUGAUCCCUUCUAACUCAUCCUUCCAGCAUGCCUACUCCCCUCCCCUGUUGCCUUUAAAUUAAAAAAGGCUGCUGUUUAACACCACUAGUCUGCACAGCUGCUUUAGCAACAUAAACCCUGCUUCAGCUGCAUCGCUGGCCUCACUCCAUGCAUUUCCUUAUACUAUACGUGUUCAGUAGUCAUCAACCUUGGAGUCAAAGCACUGCUGCAUGUCAGCGCAGUGUGGAAGCAGCAGUCUGAGUAAGUGCCACAGUAGAAACAGGAAAAGUGGGGAUUCUGGAAAAGGAAGCUCCCCGUCUACGUUUUGUUUUCAUUUUUUUCAGUAUGUGCAAAUUACCUUCCAUCAAAUGCAGUGAGAGUACCAAAUGCAAAGAUGGGCCUUAGCUGGCUGAGUACUUUCAGGAUGACUCCAGCGGGCUGUGCUCACAACAUCAGUGACUGUAAUUCUGUUGCAAAGUUCCAUAUUCUUUAUAAAUCUGAAGAUUUCCUUUGAAAGUGUAGAUUCCAGAGGUAAAGCAUACACUGCAGUUGCUUUUGGUUUUCUCUUU